GUGACAGGAUGCAGCUGGAAGACUGGGUCGAGCGAGACAUGGGCCUUCGCGCGGACGGGAGCUUGAUAUAUUGGAGCAAGAAGGAAGAGAGGCAGCUCAUGUACUACACCGGCGAGGACGUCGGCAGCGCCGAGCUGUCCCGCAUCUCGCCCGACGACUCCGCGCUGCCGUGGGCAUUCUCGGUCCAGCUGAUGCCCGUGGACGGGGUGUGGUUCAUGCCUGGGGAGUUCGCGGCGGAGUCCGAGGCUAUGCGCGAGAAGUGGAUGCAGCAGUUCGCGCGUUUUGGGGCAACUGUGAUCGCUGCUUGA